AUGAUAUUUCGAGGAGAAAAAAAAAAUAUUAGCAAUGAUUUAUUUGAUAAGAAAAAGACACAAAAUAUAAGACAAAAUGAUAAUACAACAUGCAAUAAUAAUAAUAAUGAUUAUCAAUCAUCAUCAAUAAAUUCAUUAAAUUUUGAUUCAAUGCAAAUUACUCAACGUCAAUUAUCUGAUUCUCGUAUAUUGACAAAAUGUUUUAUUCUUUUUGAAAAUGCAUCAUUAUCAUCUACAAAUUUGAAUAACAUUGAUUUUCUUGAAUAUCUUGGUACACGUGCUCGUUAUCAUCAUUCACGUAAAUUAUAUUUACCACAAGUUACUAAUAAUUUUCAAACAUCAUCAAAUGACACAAAUGAAGAAUUUUCAAAUUGUAUAAAACAAGUUUUAGAAUCCAUAUCAUAUCAUGACUUAUCAUCAUAUGUUGUUAGUGUUCGAACAGGUGUUUUAUAUUUUUUUUCAAAACGUUUUCGUUUUAAUAAUACGUAUACAAUUGAAGAUAUUCAUAAUCUUAUUGAAAAGAAAAUUUCUACAAAUGAUAAACGUUACUAUUAUCCACAAAAAAAUUAUUCUUAUCAAUCCGAUGAAAAUUUACGUUCAUCAUUUAGUAAUGUGAAACCAAUCAAUCAAACUCGAGAAUUUGUUGAAAAACUUAAAGAAUAUAAAUUUUAUGUUCAACAACAAAAACAUGUUUAUCGAAUUUAUUUACAAUCAGAAGAUAAACAAACUCAUAUUUGUACUGUUGAUCCAGCAUCAAAUUAUUCAAUUGUUGAAUUUUCAAAAGAUUUUCAAAGAACAUCAAAUAUAGACUUUAGUCGAGAUCGUAGCUCAUCAAAAUAUAAAAAAGAUAAAACAUAUGAUGAUAUAUUUGAUUUUCGUAUACAAUUUCAAUAUAAUCCUUGUACACGUAGUGAUCAAAUGGAUACAAUUAAUUAUGAAUUACAUCAACAAUUUCCAUCCCUUAGUGUAAAUUUUAAAAAUGAAAAUAUUUUAGAACCAUUAAAUAAUAUAAAUAAUUAUGAAGAAUUUUAUAUAUGUAAAGAAUUAUGUCCCUAUGUACAUUUUAUUCGACGUGAUUUUGGUGAUGUUUAUCAACAUAAUGGUGAUGAUAAAUUAUUUGAAAAUUUUAAUAUUUAUCUUGAAUCAUCUGUUGAAUAUAGUAUUAAUUAUCAACAAUCAAUAUGUAAACGUCAUUUAGAUACGCAUGGAAUAGUUUAUGCUCGAUUAAAUCUUAAUACAAUGAUAUCUUCAAAUUCAAUUGAUGAAGAUUUAUUAAUAUCAAAAUUAUGGAAUAUGGGUGAAGGUUUAACAUAUAUAGCUGGUCAAUAUACAACAUCUGAAACUCAACAAUCUACAAAUUAUUAUACAUCAGAUGGAAAUACAUAUACUGCUCAAGAUGAAGCAAUUGUUCAAACAAUACUUCAACAAUCAACAUUAUGUUCAAUGCUUGGUUUAAGAAAUGAUGCAAGGGAUAAUGAAAUUGAACAACGUUUUAAUUAUAUAAAACAACAAUUACAUGCAAAAUGGCAUUGUAUUCGAGCUGGUUUAAGUGCUCGUGAAAAAAUUGACGCAUUUUAUGAACAAAAAAUGGAUAAUCAACAAUCGACUAAAAUGCCAAAACCAUUCGAUAAUGAUACGGAAUUAAAUACAUCAACUAUGGAAAGUAGUCCACAACAAUUUGGUUUACGAGAAGAUGAUGGAUUCAAACAAGAAGACGAUUAUCGACAAGAAUUAAUGAAGGUUCAAGAUGAAAUCGUAACAUUACGUCAAGUACUUGGAGCUAAAUUAAAACGUGAAAGUGAACUUAAAACAUUAUUAGGUGUUGGUUUUGUUGAUGAUCUUAAACAAGAUUGGCAAGAAACUGUUCAUGAUAUUAAAUCAUCAACAGCAUAUCAAAAAACAGCUGAAACAUUACAAGCUGCUUCAAAUAAAAUAGCUCCAGCUUUACAAACGGUUAAUACAACAUUUAAAACACGUCUUGGUUCUCUUAGAAAUUCAAAUUAUUUCAAAACAUUUGAAAAUACACUUGGUUCAACUGUUAGUGCUGUUAAAUCAAAAAUGACAUCAUCAAAAUCAGCUAUGCAUUUUAAUGGAAACGAUACAAAUGAUAUGAGUCAUGGUGCAACAGGUGGAUCUAUUCCUACUAGUGUAUCUCAUGAUGAUUAUCUUAAUUUUAGUGAUAAUACAAAUGAAAAAAAAGAUUUAACAAAUAAAUAA